CAUCCAGCCAUGGCACCUACAAUCACUGCAGCCAUCAGCAACUCUCAGCAGCAUGUGACACUCACACACAAGCUCAGAAAGCCUCUGGUGGAGAAGUUACGACGAGAGCGAAUCAACAGCAGCAUCGAGCAGCUCAGGUCUCUCCUGGCUCCAGAGUUCCUCACGCAGCAGUCGGACUCCAAGCUGGAGAAAGCAGACGUCCUGGAGGUGACCGUUUGCUUCCUGAAGCGACUCAGGUCUUUGGAUGGCUCGCCGGUGCAUCGAGGUUUCUCAAGGUGUGCACAUGAGGUGGAGCAUUUCCUGUCAAAGGAGCAAGCAAGGACGCACUUCCAGCAGAUUCAGUCUUCCUGUGAGGAGAAGCUGACAGAGAAGGACUUCUUUACUCUGCACUCUCCAGUCCACAGCAGCAUCACCAAAGAGGAGAGCUCACCCCACAGCGCCCCCUGGAGGCCCUGGCACUGAUUUCUAUUGAAGUCACAUCUUCUCUUUCUUCCUGGAUAGAAGUUAUAUUUUAAUUUCUUAUUUCUUAUUAGAAAUGAAAAUAUACUUAGUCAUGCAUAAAUCACGUGUGUUUUAUGUUUC